ACAACAACAACAUCGAGCAACAAUAAUGUUUAUGAAAUUGAAUGGCAGCCAACAAUAAAAAAUGAUAAUGCUAAUGAUAAUGAUGAAAGUGAAAUAACUAGUGAAUUAGAUUUAUCCAGUUUAUCAAGUACAAAUCCAAUUCAAUUCGAACAGGAUUUAAUGUCCGCUCAUGAAACACAAACUCAAAAUCAUAAAGAUCAUCUUACAAAAUUAAUAUCAACUUCAACAUCGAAUGAUGUUAAAAACAAUGAUAAACAAUUAUCUCAUCGUCGUGGACAAUCUCAUAUUUCAUCUAGCCCAGAUGCAAAUAAUUUUCAAGAAUAUCUUUCAUGUUGUGAUCAAUUGUUUAAUAAAUAUGGUAAUCGUAAUUAUAUUCAAGAAGAUAUAUUUAUGAUACCGGAAUCGGAACCAUAUAUUCCGGUUAAUCUGGAUGGUCCUGGGCCACCACCAGUACUUAUUACUGAAUAUCCGAAUAAUAAUAAUCAUAAUAAUCGAGCAUUAUAUUCACAUGGUUUACGUUUACCUGCAGGCUUUGUUAAUAAUGAUAUCAAAAUCGAUUCAUCUUUUGUUCCUUCAAAUUUGAAAGAUUAUUAUUCGAAAAUUUAUCGACAUCAUCCAAUCGAAUGUUUAAAUGAUAAUCAUCAUCAUCAUCAUCAUGGCAAUAAUCACCAUUAUGGUGGUCAUUUUUUAUCAUCACCACCGAUUACAGCUAAUGGUCAAUUGAUUUCGACACAACGUUAUGAUUCAAAUUCUCAAAUACUCAACAACAAAAUAAAUUGGAAACCAAUCGAACAACCGAUACCGAUUAAUGUUCAUCGAAUUUCAUCGACAUCGAUUCCAGCUGCACCAAUCAUCACAAGUCAUACAGGUAUGAUUCAACCAUUUCCGACAAAUCCAACAAUAUCAUUCAAUGAAAUUGUCAAUAAUCCAUCCCCAACACCAUCAUCGACCGGACCGUUAUCAACAAAAACAAUGUUUCCUUACAAACAUUCCAUACCAAUUCCAUCAUCAUCAUCAUCAUUUGUUUCACAUCAACCUGAAAUAAUGUCAAUGAAUCCGGAAUUAUCAUCAAACAAUUAUCAUCCAUAUCAUCGGUUAAAUCAAUGGCCAACUCGAUCGAUGAUGGGAAUUUCUCCACCACCACAUCCACAUUCUACACCUGGAUUUUUAUCAAAAAAAUUAUCAUUAUUAAGUAAAAAAUAUCUUGGAUGAAAAAAAAUUGCUUUUUAAAUAAAA